AAGCACAGGAACUGUCAUACACUGUAGGGGCCAUCAUAUUGGUACAAGUACUUUGGAAAGCAGCUGGACAUUCCUAAGUUACAUUGAACAUAGGAACACCCUUGAACCCUGUGAUGCCAUUUUCGAACAUAUUCGAGGAUGUUUUUAGCCUUAUUAUUCCGCAAAGGGGGAAAGGAGAACUGGAGAGGAUUGGGGCAGUGUGGUGGGAAAAGUAAGACUCGAAGUGCGGUCCAUCCAGGGGUAUGGCUGCCACAAUGACCCAACUGGAUCACUGAGCUCUCCCAGCCAGCAUCACAGUCCUAAUGUGCCAUUUCAUGGAGACACUUCUCUCCCUCCUGCUCUUAGCAUUCAGCGUUGACAGGAUUCAAGUUACAUAUGGUCUCUUUUUCAGUUUGGAGCUUUCUUUCAUUAAAAACCAGAAUAUGCCCUCUGAGAUAGGGUCCUUUCCAUGACUUAUUCUGGUAAAGUCUUUAUUAUCCUCAGGAUGCAAGGACACUUCCCUCUUCCUUUGGAAAGUGCUGAAUCACAGGCAAAGCCCCGAGCCCUUCAGUUGCUUUCGGGUACAGCACCAUUUCAGGGUUACGAGAUCGGAGCGCUCGCGCCUGCGUGUCGCCGAGCUCCCGCGGUGGCCGUGGCCAACAUGCUGAGGAGCACCCUGCUGUGCGCGGCGCUGGGGCUCCUGCGCGCCCAGCCCUUCCCCUGCCCGCCCGCCUGCAAGUGUGUGUUCCGGGACGCCGCGCAGUGCUCCGGGGGCCACGUGGCGCGCCUCGCCGAGCUCGGCCUGCCCGCCAACCUCACGCACGUCCUGCUCUCCCGAAUGGGCCACGGCGCCUUGCAGAAUGACAGCUUCCGCGGCAUGACGGUCCUGCAGCGCCUGAUGCUGUCCGAUAGCCACAUCUCCGCCAUCGCCCCCGGCGCCUUCCACGACCUGGUAAAACUCAAAACCCUGAGGCUGUCGCGCAACCAGAUCCCGGAGCUGCCGGGCGCGCUGUUGGAUAAGAUGGUGCUCCUGGAACAGUUGUUUCUGGACCGCAACGAACUAAAGGACAUCAACCAAAACAUGUUUCAGAAACUGGUGAACCUGCAGGAGCUCUUUCUGAACCAAAAUCAGCUCACUUCCCUGCCCGCUCGCCUCUUCACAAAUCUGGGGAACCUGAAACUGUUGGAUUUAUCGGGAAACAACCUGACCCACCUGCCCCAGGGAUUGCUCGCGGCCCAGGCUAAGCUUGAGAAGCUCGUGCUCCACUCGAACCGGCUCGUCUCUCUGGACGCGGGGCUGCUGAGUCGCCUGCGCGCCCUGAAGGAGCUGCAGCUGGACAGAAAUCACAUCCGUUCCAUCGCACCGGGAGCCUUCGACCCGCUCCGGGGCCUGAGCUACUUGACUCUUUCCAGAAACCAGCUGGAGUUUCUGCCCUCCGCACUCUUUCUUUAUUCGCGCAAUCUGACAUUCCUGACCCUGUUCGAGAACCCGCUGGAAGCGCUGCCCGAGGUGCUGUUCGGGGAGCUGGCCGGCCUGCGCGAGCUGUGGCUGAACCGCACCCGGCUGCGCACCCUGCCCGCCGCCGCCUUGCGCAACCUGAGCGGCCUGCGGACGUUCGGGCUGACCCUGAGCCCGCGUCUGAGCGCGCUCCCCGAGGACGCCUUCCAGGGCCUGGCGGCGCUGCAGGUGCUCGCGUUGCACUCCAACGGCCUGGCCACGCUCCCCGGCGCCCUGCUGCGCGGCCUCGACGGGCUGCGCCGCGUGUCGCUGCGCCACAACCGCCUGCGGGCCCUGCCCCGCGCGCUCUUCCGCCACCUCCGCAGCCUGGAGGGGGUCGAUCUCGAACACAACCAGCUGGAGACCCUGCCGGGCGACGCGUUUGCGGAGCUGCCCCGGCUGGCCGAGGUGCUGCUGGGGCACAAUCCCUGGCGCUGCGACUGCGGCCUGCGGCCCUUUCUGGCGUGGCUGCGGCGACACCCGGGCCUCGUGGGCCGAGCCGAGCCCCCGCGGUGCCACGGCCCCGCACCGCGCGCCGGCCUGCCGCUCUGGGCCCUGCCGGACGAGGACCCGGAGUGUCCCGGCACUGGCGGCCCGCCUCCCCGCCCCGCCCCAGCCCCGACCCGGCCGGCCCUGCCCGCGGACCCCAGGCACACGGCCUCGGUGGCCUCGGUACCCGACGGCUCGGAGCCCUGGGCCCGGACGCAGCUGGUGUCCAGAGACCAACGCCAAGACCACAGUCUGUUCUGGAGGCUUUAUUUUCUGCUUUUAGCUACCCAGGCCGUCAUAACGGGGAUCAUCGUGUUUGCUAUGAUCAAACUAGGCCGGCUCUUUCGAAGAUUAAUCAGAGAGAGAGAGCUCUUGUUUGAGUCAAUGGGAAAACCUUGCAAUUAAUGAAAACGUGGCCAGAGAAUCGUCAGAGGGGGCUCUGGGGCGGGGUGGGGGGGGUAAUCCAGCCAGGCUGCGGCUGUCUUCCCCUCCCUUCUCUCUCCCUUCCUAUGUCCCCCCAGCCUCACCUCCCAGUCUCCCUCCUCCUCCCUCCCCCUCCUCAGAAGCAACAUUUACACUUCUAAAUUGUGUGUGUCUGCUUGGCCUUUGCGUAUCCUCACACAGUGUGCCCCACCGGCAGUGGAUGGUGUUUGGGCCAUCCUUGGGCUGCCCGUCCCCCGGGGCAGAGAGGGGUCUCCUCCGGGGGAGGAAGGGUGCAGAUGAGCCAGCCAGCUCCAGGCCAGGGCCUGUCUCCUGCACAGCGGGUCUGGGAAAUGUUUAUGAAAUGGACAAAUAAAAUGAACUCUGGGAUCCCAAUGAUGGUGGCUUUUCCUGGGGGACAGGAUGGAUUAUUGUCUUCAUCUACUUUUGAAAAGCAGAACUCUUCCCGUUCUUUCCUUUGUCCUUUUUCUCACUUUCUGUAUCUCUGACCUGCAGGCUACGGGGAGAGCACGCUGGCUUUCUUUCCUUCAGCGCCUGUCUUCAGAGGAGGCCGGCUCUGUGAUCCGCUGAGAUACAAAGCACAAAGCCCUCCGGCCAGGAGCUCAGCUCCCAGUGACAGGAGUCAGUGGUCAGGGCUGAGUGCCAGGGAGCAGGAGGAGGGAGGCCAAGCAGAGCUCCCCUGGAGGAAAGGGAGCUCAGCGGGAGGUCUAAGCCUAUAGGGGGUUGGAUCCCCAGAGUCCCUGGGUGUCCCUGCCCACCACAGCUCUACCUGCAUGUGUGCCUGCUAAGUUUCUCCUUGCUUCCUCCUCCAGUGAAGUAUGUCAUUGUGACACUGGGUUGGUUUCCAUUUCCUGCAACUAAAUGCUACCUCAUUUCGAAGCAUUUAUGGAGCACCUAACAUGUGACAGGUGUUCAUGAAUGUAAUGAUAAGCUUGGUUUCUAGUUUACGAUGGUGGCAUCACGUUCUCAUUUCGUCUCCCAGCUGAGAGCCAUAAAGCCCUUGUUGCUUUAAUUGUGUGUCUGUGCUUGUGAGAAGCAGUGGUUUAAACAUGGGCCCGAGAGAGGACAACCGUGGUGUCACAUCCCAGCUCCACCACUUUAACUGCAUACAGCUUUGGGCCAGACCCUCCUCCCUGGAAGGGGACACAUAGCACCUGCCCUCACAGAGCUUUUGUGAGAGUUAAGGGCAAUAAAUCAUGUGCUGACUUCGCCCAGUGCCCUGCAUCCAGUCCGUGCUCAAUAAAUGUUAGUUCUUAUUAUUUAAGAGCAAGCAAUUAUUCCUGCCGUCAUGAUUGCAAAACAAGCGCUUUGAGUCGGCUUUUUCUCUGUGCACGUAAAGGUGAGAGCAAACUUUCUCAGAUUGGAGAUUACAUUCAAUCAGCUUGUCUGCACCGGUGCUCGGUCUCAGCCCUGUGCGGUCGGGCUCUGCGCGCUCACGGUCCAGAGCAGGGGGUCCUCUGGACAACACCAGUCGAACGCGGAGCAGGAAGAGCUGGGUUUCUGGCAUUUGUACGUGUACUUCUUCCAGGCCAAGUUCAACUGGUAAAGCCUUCCCUGAUGGCCCAGGCGGACUCAAGUGUUCCCUGCUGUGCAGUCCCCUCUCAGGCUACCAGCACGAAGCACCUCCUCACCGCUGGGUGGUCGAGCUCCCCCUUUGCUCGGGGGUGUGUGUUGAUAUCCCCCGCCCCUGCACUGUAGGCUCCUUGACCUUACCUUGUCUUGCUGAUUUCCACUGCUCCACAUUUUGAGGCUUACCUACAGCACAGAACCCAGACUUUUUGAUGGAAUGUGGACUCUAGUCCUAAGCACUGUGUUCUCAGGCAAGCUGCCAACUCUCAAAGCCUGUUUCCUCACCGGGAGAGUGAGGAGAAUAAUGGUGCAUACCACUCUUGCGAGGAUGAAAUGAGGUAGCAAGCCCAAGAGUGAAGUCCGCGCUGGGGCAUGGGGCUCAACAGGGGUUGGCUGUGACUUUGAUGAGCCCUUUCAGAACCCAGGGUCCUGACGUGCCUCAGGGCCUUUGCAUUUGUUCCUGUGCUCAGCAGCUCUCUGGGGAGUACCUUCUCUGUACCAGGCAGUCUUCUCAGUGCAGGGACAGAGCAAAGCAUGGAACAGAGUACACGCUUCCAUGGGCCCUACAUUUCGGUGAUGGAACAGAGUACACGCUUCCAUGGGCCCUACAUUUCGGUGUCCCCUCCAACUAAAACAUCUCCCCUGAAUUCCUGGCCCUUCUCUUCAAACACUCGGAAAAUUAUGAACAGCUCUGGAUACCUCAACCAGCUUUAUAAAAAGCUGCUCUAUUUGCUUCAGGUAUUUUUUUUUAACACAAUAAAAUAAGACAAAAGUUGAAAGCCCCUGUCAAUGUCUCUUCUCUGUGCUUCUUCCCCUACCCUCCCUCGAGGUGAGCCACUUAAUAAAUGUGGUGUUUCACAUUCCUAGUGCUGCUUUUAGACUCUUACUACACGUGUCUACAACCCUAAACAAGCUGAAAUGCUUUGCCAGUUUUUAAAUUUUCUAUAAAUGAUGAGACUCUGCAUGUAGCAUUCUUCAAACAUUUUCCCUGGGCUCACAUUUUUUUUUUAAGUUUAUUUAAUUUCUACCCCCAACGUGGGACUCGAACUCACAACCGUAAGAUCAAGAACUUCACGCUCUUCCGACUGCGCCAGCCAGGCGCCCCUCACAGGUUUCUGAGAUCUAUCCAUAUGAAGCAUUUGGCUUUAGUUCAUUUUAAUAUAAUAACAGCAUGAUCUUCUAUUGGGUGAAUUUCCCGCAACUUAUCUCUUCUCUCAUUGAUGGACGUGGAUUCCCAUUUUUUUCCUUUUUAUUCCCCAUUACUCCACAUCCUCCUCAACUCUUGAUAUGAUUUUGAAUUUUUGUCAAUCUGAGAGGUAUAAAAUGGUAUCUCCUUGUUUUAUCUUACAUUUCCCUGGUACCUAGUGAAGUUGAACUUAUUUUUAAAUGUUUACAUGUUUAUUGAACUUAUUUUUAAAUGUUGAAACUUACAAUUAAAUGUUUAGAUUCCUUCUUCUGAAAAUUAUCUGUGUAUAUACAUUGACCCAUUUAUAAUGGAGCAUUUUGUCUUUUUUUUUUUUAAUUGAUUUGUAGGAAUUCUUUACAUAUCCUGGGCACUCAUCCUCUGUAAAUUGUAUGCUUUGGAACUAUCCUGUUUCAGUUUGUGGCUUAUUUUGUUUAAUACUGUCUUGUGUGGAACAGCAGCUUUAAUUCUAAUCUAGCCAAAUUUAGCAAUAUAAUUUUAUGGUUUGUGCUUUAAAAAAGAAUCUUGUUUAAGAAAUUCUUCCUACUCAGGGCAGCUGGGUGGCUCAGUGGGUUAAGCGCCCCACUCUGGAUUUCAGCUCAGGUCAUGGUCUCAGAGUCA